GCGGUAACGUGGGUGUGGCACCAACUCCGGAGCCGCUGACCCGGAUGUUCACUCCUAGGUCCUGAGGAAGUGGAGGCGCCGCCGGGCCUACGGGGCAUAGCGACUAGGAAACGGAGCCGAACCGGAGCGCAGCCCCGCCCCACCGAAACCCCUCCUACCGCGUCCGGCUCUAACCUACCGCAGCCAUGACUGAACAACAGCUGGACUGUGCCUUGGAUCUGAUGAGGCGUCUCCCUCCCCAACAAAUUGAGAAGAACCUCAGCGACCUCAUUGACUUGGUGCCCAGUCUGUGCGAAGAUCUCCUGUCUUCUGUCGAUCAGCCCCUGAAGAUCGCCCGGGACAAAGUCGUGGGAAAGGACUACUUGCUGUGCGACUACAACAGAGAUGGAGAUUCCUACAGGUCUCCGUGGAGUAAUAAAUACGACCCCCCCUUGGAAGAUGGAGCCAUGCCGUCCGCUCGCCUGCGCAAACUGGAGGUGGAGGCCAAUAAUGCCUUCGACCAAUACCGAGACCUGUACUAUGAAGGGGGCGUGUCCUCGGUGUACCUGUGGGAUCUGGAUCACGGCUUUGCAGGAGUCAUUCUGAUCAAGAAGGCGGGGGAUGGGUCGAAGAAGAUCAAGGGCUGCUGGGACUCAAUCCAUGUGGUGGAGGUUCAGGAGAAAUCUAGUGGCCGCACGGCCCAUUACAAACUGACCUCCACCGUCAUGCUGUGGCUACAGACCAACAAGACCGGAUCCGGAACCAUGAACUUAGGUGGAAGUCUGACCCGACAGAUGGAGAAGGAUGAGACUGUGAGUGACUCCUCCCCCCACAUAGCCAACAUCGGGCGACUGGUGGAGGACAUGGAGAACAAAAUCCGCAGCACUCUCAAUGAAAUCUACUUCAGCAAAACCAAGGACAUAGUCAACGGGCUGAGGUCCGUCCAGUCAUUUGCAGACAAAUCAAAACAGGAAGCUCUGAAGAACGACCUCGUGGAAGCUCUGAAGCGAAAGCAGCAAAGUUAAAUGUUCUGUGCCCCCCCCCCCGCACCCCCUUCUCAUUUCUUACAUGGUCUCUCCCACUUCAUCCUCCGUUUUUAUUUUGUUCCAGUCGUUUUGCAUCUCGAACAUCGGACGUCGCCAUCACCGCGGUUUUGCUUCUAUUAAAUAAAACUCUAUGAAUCUUUUACUGCCUGGGGUUCCUUUAUCUCCCCUCCCCCAUUGUGUUCUAGGCUCCUCCCAAUCCUCGCUAUCCAGCCCCCUUUUUACUCUGUACUGUACAUACUGAUUAACCCCUUCAGCAACAGCGCGACUGUCACACCCUCUGGAGACACGACGGACAUCGGAUUUCUAUAGAAAACGGGAAAUUCUUCCAUUUACUCCAUCGACUCCCGUAACCUCCUCACCUUUCCCUGGUGACUCUGGGAAUGCUUAGAGUAUGUUUUUUUUUUCUGUUUUGUUAUAUAUAUAUUUUUUUGUAAAGCUUGAAGUCUUCUCUAUGAGCCUUCCUGUACUAACAAUAAAAUAAUUCUAAAUACCUGUAA